AACAAACAGGAACACAACAUAAAUCCACGAAUAAAAUUAUAUUCUCCGAAAAUAGCAUUAAACAACAAGAAAGAAAAACAGCCUUCAUUUCAUUAUACAUCCGUCUCUCUCUCUAAUAUUAACACUCUUUCUCCUCUCCUCUCAAUAGACAAAAACGUAGGACAAAUGUUUUUUAUUUUUUAUAUUUAUUCUUUUUUGCAGCGUUGAAACCCAGACCCAGAACGGCGUGUUUCGAUUUUCGAUGAUUGCACUAAAAGACCAUUUUCGCCAGUUUUAAUAAAUUGAGUUAUUGGAUUUGUCUUGAUUGAAUCGAUUAGCAGCAACUACAACAAGAAAUUGGCGGAUUGAAUAUGUAAUGGACUGGAUUUUCUGAAUCUUGUGCAAAGAGAGAAAAUUAUCGUUUUUGUGGUGUUGGACAGGAAGCAAUGUUGUCUAAGAGUGGUGACCAUCAGACGGUCCCAUUAUCGGUGUUGUUAAAGCGGGAAUUGGCUAAUGAGAAGCUCGAGAAUCCUGAGAUUUUGCACGGGCAGGCCAGCCAGAGCAAGAAAGGUGAGGACUUUACGUUCCUCAAGACUGAAUGCCAACGGGUCCUGGGUGAUGGAGUCACCACUUAUUCUGUUUUUGGGUUAUUCGAUGGUCACAAUGGAUCUGCAGCUGCUAUAUAUUCCAAGGAGAAUCUCUUGAACAAUGUCUUGGGCGCUAUUCCACCAGACCUUAACAGGGAUGAGUGGGUUGCUGCAUUGCCAAGGGCUUUGGUUGCUGGGUUUGUCAAAACAGAUAAAGAUUUCCAAGAAAGAGCGCAAACUUCUGGAACCACAGUCACCUUUGUAAUAAUUGAUGGAUGGGUGGUAACUGUUGCUUCAGUUGGUGAUUCUCGUUGCGUACUCGAAUCUGCCGAAGGGGGAAUAUAUUAUCUCUCAGCAGAUCAUAGACUUGAAUGCAAUGAAGAAGAGAGGGAACGUAUAACAUCAAGUGGAGGUGAGGUUGGCCGGCUUAAUACUGGUGGUGGCACAGAGAUUGGUCCCCUGAGAUGUUGGCCUGGUGGCUUGUGCCUUUCACGAUCUAUCGGAGAUAUGGAUGUUGGUGAAUUCAUAGUUCCUAUUCCUUAUGUAAAGCAAGUAAAGCUGUCAUCAGCCGGUGGCAGGCUUAUUAUCUCAAGUGAUGGUGUUUGGGAUGCAUUAUCUGCAGAAACAGCUUUUGAGUGUGCUCGAGGGAUGCCAGUAGAUGCCGCAGCUUCACAAAUUGUCAAGGAAGCCUUAUCCGUAAAAGGACUUCGAGAUGAUACAACAUGUAUUGUUGUAGAUAUUCAACUACCAGAGAAACCAAAUCCUCCCCAACCACUACCAAAGAAACAAGGCAAAGGAGUCUUCAAGUCAAUGUUUCGAAAAAAAUCUUCAGAGUCAUCAUCUCAGAUUGACAAGGAAGAGUACUGCGAACCAGAUGUCUUGGAGGAACUCUUUGAGGAAGGAUCAGCUGCACUUUCAGAAAGGUUGGAUUCAAAGUACCCAAUCUGCAAUAUAUUUAAGCUCUUCGUGUGUGCUGUUUGCCAAGUAGAGGUAAAACCUGGAGAAGGUGUUUCAGUUCAUGCUGGAUCAUCUGAUUCUAGAAAAGUGCGGCCUUGGAACGGUCCUUUCCUUUGCUCCAGCUGCCAGGAGAAGAAAGAAGCCAUGGAAGGGAAAAGACCUUCUGGAGGUAUCACAAAGUCUCCCUUUUCUGCCUUCCAUGCAAAUAUGUGAAAUUAUGUAAUCCUAUUUACUGGUUUUGUGUUUUUGUAUUUCCAGACGGGUCUAGAUACAGUAGUGAAAGUGAAUAGUCUUUCCUUCAUUUAGAUUCAUUCAACGAGUGCUGACGUAUGUAUUCAAGCUGAUUGUAACUGGGAAAGAAAAUUUGUCCAACAAGAUAAAUCUAUAUUCCCUUGUGUUUCCCAUAAGUUGUGUAGGCAAGUGAACCCUUUUGUGAAUAGCCAAAACACAAUAGCAUAUUUUUCUUUCGCAUUUGUUUCUAUAGACUAGAAGAUGGCAUGAGGAAUAGUAUGACGGGAAAGCUAGCCUUCCUCUGAGGAAUUUAUGAUUCCUAUAUAUAACACAUCAGAGGUAACGUAUUUGUUUUCCAAAUGCAGCCGAUUGUAUAUUUUAUGCAACAGGGAAAGUUUGACUAGAGUCUUUAAGGAUUUUUCCAAUCUUGAUAGAAAUUUCAGUGACAUUGAUCAUUUCGUGUAAAAUCGAUUUGAUCUUCCUUCUAAAGCGAGGAAGAUUAACACUUAACAUUCACGAUGGGAAUUCAUUACUUCA